CUGCCAUUUCAUGCUGCAGUCUAGUCCGACCAGCGGUCGAGGCAACUCCGAUAUCUAUACAUUGGCCGAGCUACGAAAAUAGGAAUUGUAAUAGCGAUUCGUCAACGUCGAGAAUUCCGUGAGAAAUUGGAUUCCAAGUUUUGGGCGCAAAAAUUUUUACCAAUCGUCAUUCGUCAUUGUCAAAAAUUUCCGCCGCUAUGGACUCGUGGACGAUAACCUUGACGGUAAUAGCAGGUGCGGUCAUAAUAUACUGGCUGUCCACUCGCAAUUUCGGUUACUUCAAGAAACGCGGCAUCUCUUGCGUACGUCCAUGGCCGAUAUUCGGGAACAUGGGCCCGAUAUUGUUCAGGAUGAAAUCGUUCGCGGACGUGAUGGACGACACUUACAGAAGUCACCCCGACGCCAGGUACGUCGGUUUCUACGAAUUUUCCAAUCCGGUCAUAAUGCUGAAGGAUCCCGAACUGAUAAAGCAAGUGGCGGUCAAGUAUUUCGACAGUUUUCCGAAUCACAGGACGUUCGCCGAUUCACCGAACGAGCCACUUUUCCAAAAGAAUCUUUUCGCCCUGGUGGACAACGACUGGAGAGCCAUGCGGUCGCUCUUGAGCCCGGCGUUUACUUCGAGUAAGAUGAGGAUGAUGUUCGAAGGUGUAGCCCAGUGUGCGUCGAACUUCGCCGAUUAUUUGGCGGCCCAGAAUCCCCAGCCCGAAAACCUCGACAUGAAGGACACCUUCGGAAGAUAUACACUCGACGUGAUUGCGUCCACGGCGUUCGGCCUGUCGACGGACUCGCUGAAACAUCGCGAAAACGAUUUUUACAUGAUCGGAAAAGACGUCACCCACUUGGCCGGGAUCAGAAUGAUCAAAUUCUUCAUCAUGCGAAAUCUUCCGGGACUAGCGCGGCUGAUGAAUCUUCGGCUCGUAGACGUCAAAACGACGAACUAUUUCGUGGAUAUCAUAAAAACCACCAUCGAAACGAGGGACAGAGAAGGAAUCGUGAGACCGGACAUGAUACACUUGAUGAUGCAAGCGAGGGACAACGAGGCAAAAACUGAUUUAUCCAUGGUGGACAUGGCGGCCCAAGCCUUCAUUUUUCUCCUCGGCGGAUUCGACAGCCCGGCAACCACGAUGUGCUUCGCUGCUCAUUUCCUCGCCCUCAAUCCCCACGUCCAAAGGAAACUGCAGACCGAAAUCGAUGAGGUUUUGAAAGAGCAUCCGGAGGGUGUGUCUUACGAGGAGAUACAAGAAAUGAAGUACCUGGACGCGGUGGUCAAUGAAACCUUGAGGAUUUAUUCACCCGGUAUAGUGUUGGACAGAGUUUGUACGAAAGGGUUCACUCUGCCGCCCGCGUUACCUGGACUCGAACCGUUGGAGGUCAAACCAUCCCAAGAAGUUUGGAUUCCCAUACAGUCCAUCCAUCGUGACGAGAGAUUUUUCACGAAUCCGGAUGUAUUCGAUCCGGAAAGAUUCAACGAAGUUAACAAGCACAACAUCAAUCCCUUGGCCUACUUGCCUUUUGGAAUAGGUCCGAGAAUUUGUAUCGCCAAUCGUUUCGCUCUAAUGGUCGUUAAGCUUGCCUUGUUUCACGUGCUCGCCAAAUGCGAUGUGUUGCCGAGCUCGAAAACUUGCUCGGAGAUCAAGUUGAGUACCUCGGAAUUCACGCUGAUACCGGCGGACGGGUUCUGGCUGAAGGUUCAAUCGAGAAAAAAAUAACGUUGCGUUCACUCCUCUUUCGCUUGAUCCCGGACAUACUCGGUCCGGAAAUUAUCCUGCCUUUAUGAAUCAGAUUACACAUGCAAUAAAGCUGUACAGAAAAUUGGA